AUGGCCGCCCCUCAAGAGUUGGCCGAGCGUCCCAAAACGGAGGACAAGGUCUACGUCGACACCGACGCCGGCGCCGACGAGCCCUCGACCCAGGGCACCGAGUCCUCCCCCUUCAAGUCCCUUGCCGCCGCCUACAUCGCCAACAACGAGAACUUCACCUCGCGCCAGUUCCUCACCCGCGCCUCCAAGACGGGCGACGACGAGGCCGCCCGCCUCGAGUGGAAGGAGCCCGCAAAGAGCGCCGUGAAAAAGGCCCAGUCCGCCCUCGACGCCCACCGCAAGAAGCUCGUCAAGCAGGCCCAGAUCGAGGCCAAGGAGGAGGAGCAGAAGAAGGCCCGCCAGCAGGCCCUCGAGACCGCCAAGCAGAUCGUCAUCAAGGAGGACGAGUCCCUGCCCGCCGCGAAGCGCAUCACCAUCGCCGACAAGACCGUCGUGCUGGGCGAGGGCGAUAAGAAGGGCGACCGCGUCAAGAUUGCUGGCCGCAUCCACAGGCUGCGCGCCCAGAAGCAGGCCACCUUUAUCACCCUCGUCGACGGCUACGGACACCUCCAGUGCGUGCUCCAGGCCGGCGACCUCACAAAGACGUACGACGCCCUCACCUUUGCUCAGGGAACCUCCCUCUGGGUCUACGGUGAGCUGAAGAAGGUCCCCGAGGGACAGACGGCCCCGGAUAACCGUGAACUCCACGUCGACUACUACAAGGUUAUUGGUACUUCACCCUCGGACGAGGAUGCCAUCACCAACAAGGUCUCGCUGCUGCAGAACCAGUGGGACUCCCAGAUGCUGGACAGCCGCCACUUGGUUCUCCGCGGCGACAACGCGUCCGCCAUCAUGAAGAUCCGCGCCGCCGUCGAGUGGGCCUUCACCAAGACCUACAAGGACCUCAAGAUGACAAAGGUUUCCCCCCCAGCUCUGGUCCAGACCCAGGUCGAGGGCGGUUCCACGCUCUUCUCCGUCCCCUACUACGACGAGGCUGCCUACCUCACCCAGUCCUCCCAGCUGUACCUCGAGACCGUCCUCCCCAGCUUGGGCAGCGUCUACUGCAUCGAAAAGUCCUUCCGCGCCGAGCGCAGCUUGACCCGCAGACACUUGUCAGAGUACACCCACGUCGAGGCGGAGCUCGACUUCAUCGAGUUCCCCGACCUGCUCGCCCAUCUCGAGGAGGUCAUGUGCCGCGUCAUCGACAACGUCCUGGCCGACGAGGAGAUCGCCGCAUACGUCAAGGAGCUUAACCCCGACUUCAAGAAGCCCGUCCGCCCCUUCUUGCGCAUGAAGUACACCGACGCCAUUGACUGGCUUAACGCCCAAGACCCCCCUAUUCUCAACGAGGACGGCGAGACCCACAAGUUUGGCGACGACAUUGCUGAGGCCGCCGAGCGCAGGAUGACCGACAUCAUCAACAAGCCCAUCUUCCUCACCCACUUCCCCACCGAGAUCAAGGCCUUCUACAUGAAGAAGGACCCCAACGACCCGCGUGUCACCGAGAGCGUUGACUGCCUGAUGCCCGGCGUCGGAGAGAUUGUUGGUGGAUCGAUGAGAAUGGAGGGCUACGACGAGCUCCUCGCCGCCUACGACAGAGAGGGAAUUCCGUCAAAGGACUACUACUGGUACACUGACCAGAGAAAGUACGGUACCUCUCCCCACGGCGGCUACGGUCUCGGCCUAGAGCGUUUCCUGGCCUGGAUGGCCAACCAGCACACCGUCCGUACGACAUGCUUGUACCCCCGCUACAUGGGACGCUGCAAGCCUUAG